AUGAGCGUGGCUGUGAACGGUAACACUCAGGAGGAAUACGAGGACGACUUUGAGAAAGAUCUGGACUGGCUGAUCAAUGAGGAGAGCAAGAAUGAGGAGCAGGAUGAAGACAACACCGAAGCCCAGAUAGACCACCACAAGCUGGAAGAUGAAGAACGAGGGAAGGAACUUGAUGAAGGGAAGAGUAAAAGUGACACAGACGCCAACGGAGAUAACGAAAGGUGGCCGACGCCCAUGGAUCCUUUGCAGGAUGUGUUAGAUGGCAAUGGUGAUUCUAAACAUGAGCAGGAUGAAGAAGAGGGUGAUGAAGAAAAGAAAUCCAUCCUGCAGAAGAUCGAACAGGCGAACAGGCAACUGCAGGACCAGGAAGCGCCGGACGAGACACGUCGUCGCCGUCUGCACUUCAAAGACACCCUCGUGGACCUGGUGGUCCCUGCCAGUGACCUGGAGGACAGUCAGGUGGACGUCUCGGGCCACAUGCUGAAGCUGAAGAUUUCCUCUCAGGAGGAAAGCCACAGAGGAGAUGGACACAGAGAAGGAGUGAGAGAAGGACGAGUGCUGGUGGAGAAGGAUGGAAAGUUUGAUCUUGUGAGUCUGAAAGAGGUGGAGAGUCCCGGAUUGCUCCCGCCUCUCCCCGAGAUGCAAAGAGAACCAGGUAAGAGUCCGUCCUCUUCCCCGAAACUGUUCUGCAACUCAGGUUCUUCAGCCUCCUCCGAACCUCGCUAUGUGCCCAGGCCUCCAGCACGACCCCGGGCGCGUCCCAAUUCGGCAAGCAACAUGCAAAGGGUGAUGUUUAGACACGGCAGCCAGCGUAGGGUUCAAUCAGCCAGCGGCGUUUCACCUCAUGCCACCUUUUUCCUCUCGCCGGAGCAGAAAGAGCUGCUGAACAAACAGCAGCAGAGGAGAGAGAAACUCGCCAGAGAGGAGGAAGAGCGACGGUGUGAGAAGGAGCAGCAGAAGCGUCAGGAAAAUGAGCUGGCAUUCAGGUCAUGGCUGAUGAAGAAGAGGCAGCAGCUGCGGGAGGAGAGGAGAGUGCAGAGAGCUCAGGAGAUGGAGAGGAUGAGCGGAAAGAAGGAGUGCUGUGACGCCGAGGAGGCGUUUAAACUCUGGCUGCAGAAGAAGCAGCAGCAGCAGCUGAAGGAGCGCCAGCUGGAGGAAAUGAAGAGGCUCGAGAUGGAGAGCAGCAGCUACCUGCACCAACCCGAGGAGUGUGAGAAAGCCUUCAGGCUGUGGUUGAGGAGGAAGCGGGUGGAGAAGCGGCUGGAGCAACAGGCUGCUCGAGAGCACUCUCGCAGGCUGUUGAUGGAAGGACGACGCACCAGACGCAUGAACGACCUCUACUACCCCGUCAAUGAGAUCCAGUCCCUCCGCUUCAACCAGCCCUACAGCUACCGUUUCUAA